AAGUAUAAUUUAGUAUAGUAUAUAAAUCGUGUUCACAGCAGCGCCUCUAUUUACAAGUUACAAACAGUUUGAGUAUCUUCUAGUUGAAAAUGGCCGCUUAACAGUUUCGUCAAAAUGUGUGAUCUGAUAACGAGUGAUAUUACAAUGGAAUCUUACGAAAUUACCGAAAAAUCGAAGCAAAUUACUGUAUCCGAAAUAACAGAAUUGAUCAAAAAUCCUCUGUUUAAAGAUAAAAAGUGUGGUACAGCAAGAAAACAAUUGUCAUAUUGUAAGGAAAAAUUCCUACGUGAUUGUAGUUGUCACGGUUGUGGAGGCUAUCUUUGUUGUAUUGAAACAGAGAACAAUUCUGAGAAGUAGAAGAAGUGGUAAAGGAGUACCAAUUUGUUGAGAAAGGUAUAGAUUUGGAAACAUGUGGCCUAUUGCAAACAUAGAUUGGUUUUUCAAAUUCAGCGUUCGUUGUUUAACAAUCUUUUUUGUUCUCCUGUAAGAUUUCAAUUCUAUACAAAGUUUAUUUGGAAAAUCAACAGUAGAAGAAAUGUAUUCAAUAAGUGAUACAUUGAAUAGUAAAACAAACAUGUCCAAUCCAAAGAAGGACAAUAUGCUCCACAAUGUCUGGAAUGUUUUUAAUGGUUUAUGGGAACGAGUCUCUAGAGUUCCCUUUUCCUUCAUAACAAAUACCAAUUAUCCAUUGUCUGUAACAGUUGUGCACAAUGAAGGUAUAAUUUCACCUGAAUUUUACAAAAAUUUGACAUCUAAAAAGGAAUUAUUAAAUAAUGAUAAUGUAUAUAUUUGUAAUGCCCAACUAAAAGAAUCUUUAAACAUUAUUGAAAGUAUUCAUCGUGAUGUACAUGAAAAGAAAUCUUACGUAGAUAGAAUUUUUAAUGAAGAUGCAAAAGAUAGUAUAGGAUUUGAUUAUAAAUGUAUUGAUAAUGAAAAUAGGGAUGUAAAAAAGUGUGGUGAGAAAGAGUCAUUCAUGAAGGAGAAUGUUGUAAAUAACACAACUAAAUUUAAUUACUUGCUACCACUUCAAAGUACAGAUAUGGGAGGACAAGACGAAUUGUUCAAACAUAUUUAUUCUGAUACAAAUGUACAUAAAACACAUGACAAGGCUAUUGAUAAUAAUUGCAAACAUAUUCAUGAUAGUAAUAUUGAGAAUAACGAACAGUUUUCUGAUUAUGUUACUAUCGAUGCAGAUAAUAUAUUCAGAAACGAGGAUACUACUUUUUCAACAUCUAGUUCGAAUAUUGAAAGACCACCUUCAGUUCCUCAAACAACAAAGUCAAAUUUAUUAAAUAUGUGGGAAAAAUUUUGUAGCGUAACAGAUCGAUUUUGUAGAAUAGAUUCGGAAGAAUCCGAUCUAUUAACAAAACGAUCAUGUUCACCGAAGCAAAGAAAAAAAUUAAAUACUAUAGCGAAAGGCAGAGGUAGAGGACGGGCUAAGUCACAGCUUAGACGUUCUGGAGUAAGUCAAACACGACACAGAAAGGAACGCACUAAACAUGAUCUCAAAUUAGCUAUAGAAAGUGAUUUAAAGAAUUGGGAAGAACUUGAUAUGUAUGAUACAAAUGAAAACAAUGAAUUGGAAAACUGUUCUAAUUUUGAUGAAGAUACAGUAGAUGGAUUAGAUUCCAUGCAGUGUUCUAUGAAGGAAGCAAUUCAUCCAGCAACGUUUACAUUUGCUGACAUACAACCUAAGAAAACUCAGAAGUCAAGAGCACGUAGAAAUGUUGAUCAAAGAAUGUGUAAAUUUUCUACAAAAAUGAGAUUUAUACCUGAGUGCACAAACAAAGCAAAUGCCUUUGAUCAGGAUAUUAUUGACAAUGGAUACGAUUUUCGAAAAAAUACAUUUCGGCCACGUUUAAUAUCAGAAAGUUCUAUUGAUUCAGAAGACAGUUACUGCAUAGUCUUUGAAACUGGUUCCGAAGAAAUUCACGAUAGUGACUUUGAGGACACUGAAGAUAGCGAUACAGACCAAAUAAGCGAAGAUGAAGAUACAUGUACAGAUAAAGAAUUCUUGUUUCCUACUCCUAGGGUAAAAUUUAAUUUAAAUCCAGUUGUUCACGUAAUGGUACAGUGGGAUUAUGCGUAUCGCGCAGCUCGAAAAGGUCCAUGGGAAGAGAUGGCUAGAGAUAGAGAAAGAUUCAAAGGCCGCAUAAAUUGCAUAGAACGUGUUCUUAAUCCAGUUUUAACUGUACAACACAGGACUCAUAUUUGGCAAGAACGAUUUGCAUGUAUUGAAUGAAAUUU